GGGCGAGCGGCACUGUGUAAUACGCAUGUGCGGACCGUCCACGUUGUGACUCAUCCAGUGGAGCUGCAAAGAGCGGAAAGUCUGCAAGAAUGGGGGAGCAACGUGCGGUGCGGGGUGCCUUCCUAUGGGGGAUGAGUGGGAUUUACCUGUCUGCCUUUCUGUCCCUGUAUACACAGAUUCCAGGAUUGUAUGGACGUGAAGGAAUCUUGCCUGCUUGGAGAAUGCUCCGCUUCACUGGUAAAGGAUUUGUGGAACAACUGAUGGACUCUCCUACUCUACUCUGGUUAGGUCCCAGGGUAGGACUGGAUACAGAGCAAGGGAUGGAACUCAUCUGCUUACUAGGAGUUCUCCUUUCUUUGGGUGCAUUGCUUUUUAGUGUCCUUCGUGACAGCCUGGUGUUUCUUCUGCUGUGGAUCCUCUACUUAUCUGUCUAUCAGGUCGGACAGGUUUUCCUGUAUUUCCAAUGGGACAGCCUUCUGUUAGAAGCAGGAUUUUUGACAAUAUUGGUGGCUCCACUGCAUGCUUUACGUUCAAAGACAAAUACCUGGGUUCCUCAUGAUGGCAUCACAUUCUGGCUAAUUAGAUGGCUGCUUUUUAGACUUAUGUUUGCAUCUGGAAUUGUAAAACUAACUAGCCGGUGUCCCACAUGGUGGGGUUUGACAGCUCUUACCUAUCACUAUGAGACCCAGUGUAUCCCAACUCCAGCUGCCUGGUUUGCCCAUCAGCUUCCUGUGUGGUUCCAAAAAUUAUCAGUAGUGGCUACAUAUGUCAUAGAAAUUGGGCUUCCAUGGCUUUUCUUCCUGCCUUCCCGAAGGCUUCGUCUUUUUUCAUUUUAUUCUCAGGUGUUCCUACAGGUUCUCAUCAUACUCACUGGAAAUUACAAUUUCUUUAACCUGCUUACCCUGGUUCUUUGCAUUCCUCUUCUGGAUGACCAGCAUUUAAAAACCGAGCAGAAGGGAAAAAAAGCACAGCAGAAAGGUCGGGGGUUCUCUGUAAAGUCUUUAUUUGUUGUGCUCUUGGAUCUCUUUGUUUUCGGUUUACUUGCUUUCUGGACUGUUAAAUAUUUUGAUCUUCAAAUCAACUUGGAGAACUAUACUGUGGAAUCCAAAACUGCCUUUACCUAUCAUGACUUUCUGCAGUGGCUCAGGACGCUCACAUUUCCAUCUAUCUGGUUAGCAGCUGCUUCCCUAAGUUGGGAGAUUCUCAAAGGCAUGUACAGGAGUGCAUCUGUUCGUGGCAUUUUCUGGAAGUUUUGGACAACGUUGCAAUGGGUUAUUUUCUCUUUUGCAGCAGUUGGCAUGUUUGCUGUCAGCUUGGUACCCUACACAUAUAUCGACUUUGAGUCCAAUGGUCAGCUCUGGCCAUCUGUUCAUCGUAUGUUCAAUAAAGUGGACAAAUACCAGCUGGUGAACUCGUAUGGCUUGUUUAGAAGAAUGACUGGUGUUGGUGGCCGACCAGAAGUUGUUGUAGAAGGAAGUUAUGACAAAGAGACUUGGACGGAAAUAGAAUUCAUGUAUAAGCCAGGAAAUAUAAGUGCAGCUCCUCCAAUCCUCACUCCUCACCAGCCUCGCUUGGACUGGCAGAUGUGGUUUGCAGCUCUUGGACCUCAGUCACAGAGUCCAUGGUUUACCAGCUUUGUUCAUCAACUUCUACAGGGAAACAAGGAUGUGGUGCAUUUGGUGCAGAAUGACGAGUCGCUGUAUCCUUUCAAUGCCCGCCCCCCUCAUUAUAUAAGAGCACAACUCUUCAAGUAUUGGUUUACAGAGAAUGGUCAAACAGGACAAGCGGCCAGUCACUGGUGGCGCCGACGUCAUGUUGAAGAUUUUUACCCUACUGUGUUCAUAGGAGACCCUACCUUGGAAUCCCUGUUGAACCAGCAUGGACUCAAGGACAAGCCACCUCCUCGUCGUUCACUGGACACCCCCCUUCCAUCUACACUUAAGCUUAUUCGUGAAUUCUUAUGCCCUUAUCCAGCACCAUUACUGUUGUACUCCCUUUUUAUUGCCAUAAUUGUUAUCAAUUCCCUACAAGCAUUAUUUGGGGGAGGAAGCAAACAAACAGCCUCCAAGCAUCGGAGCCAUUCAAAGUCGCAUGAGUCACAUAAGAAGAAACAAAAGGGUAGUAGUGCACAGAGUGAUUCUGGUGCUUCAGGCUCAGGAGAUGCAGGCCACAGCAGCAAGAAGCGUGAAAAGAGCUCAUGAACAGGCACAAGCCUGAGACUGACCUAUCAUCGAGCACUACCGUCCACAAUACUAGGAUGUGGCUCUGUACGGUUAUACACUGGUGGGUUUUAAUUAUGUUGGGCAUGCUCUUUUUUUGCAUUCUCUUACAGGCAUUUGUCUAUUCCUUUUAGACCAUCACAAAGGGGUGGAUUCGUAACCACUGAUCAAUGAAUUUUAUAUGCGUUUCUUGCCUAUAGUUUCAGUUUUUUGUUUUUAUAUUUUUGCUUUUACAAAUGUAUAAGAUGAUCUGAACACCAAACGACAUAUGUUACAGCCAGUACCAUCUUUUGUUGUCGUAAACAUUUUGGAUAUAAAAUGUAUAAAAACAUUUUAGCUGAUAAGCUGUAUAUAUUGGAGACUGGCUGUAGCAUCCUAAUUUAUUAUCAAUGGUAAAAAAAAAAAAGUAACAAAAAAAGUAACAAUUGAAGAUUGCUUGAUGUAUGUCUUAUCCUUUUCCUGUCCACAACAACUGACAAGUUGCAUGCUUUAGUCGCGCUUAUUUUAUACAUCAUUAUUACAUGAGUGUCCUUUGCAGCUAGUCUGUAAAAUGUGACGAUGCAAAACCACCGAAAUCCAACUGUAUUGAAGUGCCUUAUUGGAUGUGUGAAUCUCUUAUCUGAAGCCAUAUGUGCCUUAUUGCUUUUGUAUAUAUAAUUCUGGUGGAAUUUUUUGGGUAAGGGGGAGGUUGUUUCAAUCAUUGUGCAUUACUGUAUGGAUCAAGUAAGUCCAGGCCAAGUUAAAAACUAAAAGCGAACUGCAGUUUUGUCUCUUUAGGAUGUGGAUUAGAAACUCCUUUGUAAUUGUAUGAUACAGAAUUUUAAAAUGGUUAAAGUAGAACUCUUAUUCUAAACUUGUACAUGUCCCAGCAGCCUCUAAAUACAUGCAAUAUAUUGUGUUGCCUUUAAUGGAAGUUACGUUUCCCAGCCUAAAGUCUCUUGGCUUUGUGACUGCUUCUUGUUUUUUGCUCUCAUUAAACAGCAGAGGAGUGCCUUGUUGAGAAUGCAAGACCGGUCUCCUAUCUCCAUACAGUCUUUCUUAUGGUGGCCAAAAGAAGCAUGGUCACAGCAAAGCAAGACAUGACCCCCUAACCAGACCAUGCUGCUAGAAUAGGAGUUGUCUUUGGCAAAGGUAACCCAUUAUAGUGGCAUUGUUUUAAAGGCAGCAGGUACAGCAAGUUUAAAUAAAUUGUGAAAGUGCGGUUAUAUCUUAAAUAAUUGCAGUCUACUAACAGAGUCCAGUUUUUACUGCUAUGUUUAUGACCAAAAGCUCAAUGUUCACAGCUUGGGUGAAAUCGGAUAUGUGGAAAUCAUUCCAUAUUGUCUUUUAAUUUUAAUAGGUUGAAACCUGAUUUAAUCAUUGUAUCAGACACAGUGAGAGGCCUGCUAGCCUAAAAGGGUAAGGGCACUUUUUACUGAUCACUAUAUUAAAUUUAUUCAACUGGCAUAGUUCUUUCACUUUACCCAGCCUGAAUGCAGACAUUUUAAUUGGAUAAAAACAUUAUACCAUUCACAGUCUAGUCUGAAUGGCUUUGCCAUUCAGAGAAGAGAGCUAAAGUGAACCUGUAAAUUUAAUGUGUCAAAUUGUAUUUCUUGCCUAAGAAGAAUGAACGUCGCAACAUAUCCUGAUAAUAAAUGUAAUGGCCAGAAAAGUCUUCUGUGCUCAUCACUUGGUUACUAGGCUCUGACUUUAUCUAAAUUCAUAACAAAGGCCUGAUUGCUGCCAUCCCAUUUACUAAUAAGAGUGCCUUAGUAACCAAUAAGGACAUGAUUGUUGGGCAGUGGAAUGGCUGGUGUUGGCGCUUGCCCGUCAAAUCUAUUGAGUAAGGUGCAAGUUACAAAUUAAAAGGAAAACGGAGGAGCGUAGAAGAUGCUUUUCUGGCUGUUGCGCUAAUAGCAGGUAUAUUGUUGUGUUUGCCCCUAGCUGUUCCCCCAUGUCUCACAAUAAGAUUUACAAUUGACUUUAUGUUUGCAAGCAUCUAUAUGUAGUAAAAGCCUGCGUUCCUAAACGAUCAAUCGGCUUAUAUCCAAUAAUGAAGGCCUCUGGACUUCAUACUUGUGGCAAAUCCAAGGGCCGAUGUCAACACGGGUUUUGGUCACUUCAGGCUGGUUUUGUAUUCCCAUACCAGUCUAUUGAAAUGCAAAUGGCUCGAAGCUUAGACACACCAGUUAAUGAAUUGUGAAUGAUCUCCGCAUGCCAAACUAAUGCCAUUUGCGCAAGCCCAAAACUUGUUGUACACAGGCCUUUAAAGUGGAACAAAAUCCAACAAUUUAACGGUUUACUAAAAAGGGGAACAAUCAAGACCUACCAUGAAUGAUAACUGUCACCGGUAUUGGCGGGCCUAUAUGCUCCCAACUGAACUGUCAAGUUGGUGAAUCGAUGGUGUCGUAAUUGAUCAUGUGCAGCACCAUGCCAGCUGCAGAUUAGACAGAGGCUAAGAUGGCAGCUUCCAUGGGUGUAAAGUAUAGGGGGGGGGGUUUAGUUCUACUUUUUUUUCCCCCCAUAUCAGACAUUCUACUUAAAGCAGAUUGUACAAUCAGGCUGUGCCAUAGGUGUCUAGGUUUAGACAGAAUGUUUGCUUUUUAAUUUUGAAAACGGAGUAAACGUUCAUUUUAAUAACUGCUCCUUUGUCUAGCUGAAAAAAAACUGCCACCAGUCCAGCACUUGUGCAAAUUACCUAUUCUCAGUACCAGCUAGGGCAAGUAAGUAUCUGUGCACAGCUUGUUUGGAACUCGGUGCUAUUUCUUAUCUACUGAGAACUAACCAUUACCCCCCCCCCCCCCCCUCUGUUUGUUUUUAAGCCGCAUGAUCACAGUGCAAAGAUGUUGCCUUAUUUCUUUAGAAGCUUUUUGUCUCAUUGAAUUUUAUGCACAAUGUGAUUUUUGUAUUUUGUAAUAAAGCUUUAUUUGCAUA